UUUUCUUUUAUCACAGCCACUCAUUACAUCUUCCACACUAACAUUUUAUUCUUCUUUCUUAUUCUCUAACGACAUCCAUGGCCGAUGAAGUCACUCUUCUCGAUUACUGGCCAAGCCCAUUCGGGAUGAGGCUCAGAAUAGCCCUUGCUGAAAAGGGUAUCAAGUAUGAGUACAAAGAUGAAGACUUGAGGAACAAAAGCCCUUUGUUGUUACAGAUGAACCCUAUUCACAAGAAAAUCCCUGUCCUCAUUCAUAAUGGUAAACCUAUCUGUGAAUCUCUCAUUGCUGUUCAGUAUAUUGAUGAGGUUUGGAAUGAUAAAUCUCCUCUGUUGCCUUCUGAUCCUUACCAGAGAUCACAAGCUAGAUUCUGGGCUGAUUUUGUUGACAAAAAGAUCUAUGAGAUUGGAAGGAACCUAUGGACCAAAAAAGGAGAAGAACAAGAAGCUGCAAAGAAGGAAUUCAUAGAAGCACUUAAAGUGUUGGAGCAAGAGUUGGGGGACAAGAGUUAUUUUGGAGGAGAGAAACUUGGUUAUGUGGAUGUAGCACUUAUUCCAUUCUACACUUGGUUUAAAGGUUAUGAGACUUUUGGUAAUAUCAAUAUAGAGAAGGAGUGUCCCAAGUUCAUUGGUUGGGCUAAGAGAUGUGUCAAGAUUGAGAGUGUUUCUAAGUCUAUUCCUGAUCAGGAAAAGGUGUAUCAGUUCAUUGUGGAGAUCAGGAAGAAGAUAGGCAUUGAGUAGGUUGGAUAUUAACAGUGAGUUUGUGCUACCUUCUAGUAGGGAAUCAGAACAUGCACUAAAUGGUUUCAGUUGUUUUAAGCUUUCUGAUAGAAUAGUUAUGUAAUAAAAAGGCACUUUGAUGUGCCAAGCUUUAUGGUUUUUUAGUAGGAAAGGUUUGGAAAAACUUGUGAGUUGUGAUUGAUGUUUGAUCUGUUUGUUCUGUUUAUGCAUUGUUAUAUGCAUGGUGUAAUGUGAAAGUAUUUAUGAUUUUAGUAA